CAAAAUGUUUCUACCUCUGUAGCUCAGGGUCAGUCCUAAUAAAACAGGACAAGUACCUAUCACAUCUUCCAAGAAUGUGUCCUUCCCUCAAAAUAGGGAGUUUCCUUAUUUUAUUCUAAGACUGUGACUGUUUAGGACUUCAUGUUACAAAAUAGCAUCAUAUAAUUUGAAGUUAUGGAGCAACAUCUAAGAUUCCUAUGGCCAAUUUAUGCAAAAGGAAUAGAUGUGGGAUUCUCUCCAGAGCUUUCUUUCCCAAAUUCAAAUUAAAAAGCAUAUUCAUAGUUAUCCUGCCUAUUAAAGGAUUGUAAUCUUGGGCUUGUUGACUCAUGUAAAUAUCUUAUAAAGCUCUUUUUUUCUAUUUCCUUAACUGUUCAAAUACAAUGUUUAUCACUUUAAUUUUUUUUCAUACCGAAUACAUACUGGCUUUCCAAUUUCCAAGAGGAGUUAAUAUCUUUGUUUGAUAUUUUCAGUAUCUUUGAUUAUUUCCUUCAAAGUUCCUUAAAACCAGAAAGCCACAGGCCCAGUAAAAAUAAGGCCAGGCCUAUCAUAUUGAAUCAUAUGUGAUUCUGGUUUAAUGGCUAUUUAAGGAUUUUGAAGUGAACAUUGCCCUCUUUUGGGAAGCCAUAUAGCAUCACUGACUCAUAAGGGCUUCUGACCGCACAAAUAGAAAUGUCUAGUCAUCAAAUUUUGAAAGAAGACAAAAAAAGGUAGUGUGUUCAGGGAAUACAGGAGGUUCACAGAAGAAAGCUCUCUAAAAAAUCAACAAUUUUGCCCAAGCAGUUUGUCAGCAGCCUUUUCAUUUUAUUUUGUCCUCUCAUUCCAUUGUGCCCAACAUUCAGAAAAGAGAUGACAAGUAGGAGAUAUGCAUGCUACUUUCUAUUUGGGGAAGACUAAUAUAUACAUUGAGUACUUAACAAUCCAUCCAAAUGCUUAGAUCUAUAGAGGUGUAAUGCAAAGGAGGAAGGCAAGCUUCAAAUGCACUGAAAAAUUCAGUUCCAAAUUUAAAGCCCUCAAGGCAACUUUUCUCAAGGUAUUUGAUACCAGUGCCAAAAGUGGUGGACUCCCCACCACAUUGCCUUUUACAACACUUUAGACCAUUUGUCUGCAAACCCUUCUCCAUGGACCCUGAAUACUUGAAGGACAAUGUUAUGCAGCUCAGACACAGAGACCAGAACCUAAGAGAUUUGGACACCCUCAUGGAAGAAGAAGCCAGAGUCCAGGAGGUCCCACAGGAUCUCACCAUAAGACAACACUCAACAUGGUGGGAAGCAGAAGAGACUGAUGUGAGCCACCUCCCCAUCAAGACAGAAAAUAAUGAGGAACCUGUGGAUCAGACUCCAGGCUAUUCUCAAGAUUUCACUUGUAAUACAUCUUGCAGCUUCCUCAAGGAAGAAAAUGUGCCUCUGAGUUCCUCUAUGGCCACAGCAGGUGCGUCCUGCAAAGCAGAGCCCGAAAAUGAUACUUGCCAAUCCCCCAGUUUUUUGUCCUUUUCUUCUUCUAAGACUCCUGAGGAUGGACCUUUGCCCAACCAACCUCCUCCUCGGCGAAUAAGGCAGAGGCGGCGCUCCUUAGCCAACACUAUCUCUGCUGAAAUGGCCAGGAACAGGAGGUUAACGUGGGAUCUAGCCAGACGUUCAGAGGCACAUCUGGACAGAUUAAUUGCCAUUGGAGAACGAGCUAAUGCUCAACGUGAGGUUGACAAUUCUCUCCGCAGAGAAUCAGUGAUAGCAGUAAACCAAUUGGCUACAACUGUGGAGGGAGCAAUAAGUGCUCUGCACCAGUUUAAUGAACUUCUGGACCAUUCUCUAAACCCUGGGAAAUCCUAAGCUAUUUUCUGAGAAAACUGAUAUUCCAUUGUCUUGGAUCUUUGCCUGGUCCUUGACAUUGUGGUGGGAGGGACCUGAUGCCAACAGGAAAGGUAAGGUUCUACCCUCCAGGGAGAGUAGGAAGGUGGUAUUAUUUGGAUCUCCUCUAAACAAUCAUAGAAUAGGUGGUCUUGACUUACUCUGUUACAUGUUUUAUUGUUCGCCCAUUGUCAGUCACGAUUUGGGAUAAAUAAAAUUUCGUUUCUAUACAA